CGCCUUUUCCAGAAGGCCAAGGAUGGUGGAGGGAGGCUCCCUGCAUGGACAGAGACCCUCUGAGUGUGCAGACACACAGCCAGGGGCUCCUGUGAGCUGAAGCAGGCAUUGCCAUCAACAUUUUUGUAAARCCUGUUGACCUGUCGUAAAGCCUUCUUGAAAGAUAAGUAGAAAUAUGGAGUUACGUCGAACAAGUGUAACAUCAGAACCAGCCUCUCCAACAAACGGUUCUGGGAAGGACAAUAUGGAUGUUACUUCAGAAUUAAAUAGCCCGACUUCGCCAGGCCAUGACAUAGGGAUCUUUGAAAGAGGAAUUAAAUCAAUGUUAAGCAUCCGGAAAUCAAAACAAAACCUGAACAAAGAUAAAGAACCUACUGGUACUUUGAGAGGCAUACGUCUUUCUUUUAAAUUCUCCAAGAGCUGUGAGCAAGGCAAAAGCACGAUCUGUGAUGAGGUGGAGCAGAUUGGGGAGGAGAGCGAAUCAGAGCCUGUUAAAGGGAAACCUCUUUCAGUAAUGGAAAUAAAUGAACUUAUUCAAAAACGGCAACUUUUGGAGGCAUUUGCAAGUAUCAAGUACUUAGAAGAUGAGAUGAUAGCUGAAAGGGAUGCUGACAAAUACAAGGAUAACCCCCAAGAGUUUGCCAGGAAAUCCAAGGAUGUGGACUUGCUUUACAAUUCCAUCACAAAUUCAAUCCAGUCCAUCGUAGCAGAAACACUGGAGCAUCCUACCGUAGAGGAGACCCUGCUGGCAUCCUUGGUGACUUUAAUUGCCCGUGAAGAAGCAGCUCAUCCUGGUACAAGUGACACUGCUGCUCCUGGGCCGGCCUUGCUUGGUGCACCCAGAAGGUGGAGGGARGAGUGGACAGAGGCAAUCAACCACAGCGCCAGGAAGAGAGUCCUGAGCGUACACAUGGCAUCCAAGCAAGAAGACACUUCUUGGCUUGAUCACCACUUAGGUAUCCUCAGUGAACAUCUGAGUGAAGAUUUACUGAAAGUGAAGUUUGCAGUAAAAAAGUGUUAUCCAGAGGAUUACAGGGUGUGUGAGAUCUAUGUGAAGGCCUUUCAUAAUGCCGUUGCUUUCCAUCUGCAAGACCUCUCCCAGAAACCCUUGGAAGUAAAUGAACUCUAUGCCCUGCUUAACUGGGUUGCUAACACCUACCUGAGUGAACUCCUUCUCGGUCACCCUGCUCUAAAACCAGAAGUUAAACCAGAAAACCUUCCCCURCUGUUAACACCAGAUGAUUGGGAUAAACUGAAAAACAACUACACCGAUUCCUUAAAGGAGAAAAUGAAAAGCUAUUUUGGAAAUAUCCUGCAACUGGAGAUCACAGAUAAGUGGGAGAAGGAAGUUCAGCCCGAAGUGGAUGAAAAUCUAUACAACUCAUCGUUGUCCUUUGAUAUUCAAACGAUCUUCGCAGAGCACAUGAAGGCUUCCCGAGCAAUCAGCAGAAGUCUGGAGAUGAAAACGCUUGAGCUCUGCCUGGAAGAACUGCAUGAAUUCAUACCAAGAUUUGGGGAGGAAUUUUUGAAGUGGAACACUUCCCAGGACAGCCCAGUAUUUGCGCCUUAUUUUGCCGCCUACAUCAACAGCUUCCAUGACCUGGUGUCAGGCUUACAAAGAGUGUUCGAAGUCAACACUGAGGAACUGCAAAAUGUUAUCACAUCUUUGACAAAGAACUUCAGAAACAUUUUUUUUAUUAAAUUAAGAUCAAAAACGCAGCCACUCUUUAAGAAAAUCCUCACCAAAGAUUGGAUUUUAGCUACUGAGAAGCCAGGCUCGCUGGCGUCUGCCGUGUCGCAGUUCUCCGAACAUUUGCAGCACAUGAGGAAGCCCAUUGGGCAGGAACUUCUCUGUGACAUUCAUAAGUAUGUGGUGAGGGAAUACAUCACCCAGGUCAUCAAACCAAGACGGAAAAUGAAAGGGGAGAUGCGGAAGCAAGUGAGCGAAAAGAUGAACCAGGAAGCCAAAAUCCUUAAUAAUAUGCUCAUGGAUCAGGGGUCUACUUCAGACUGGCUGCUUCCUGCCAUACAUCACAUCGCUGACAUAGUUGGGGAGAAGAAAAAAGACAAAAUCAAGGAGCACAUUGUGGAACUGUGCCAGGAUUACCCAGAUAUCAGAAAGGAGCACAUCCUGGGCGUUCUGGGACUCCGAGGUCUGCGGCGAGCCAAGAGCAGGGCAAUCAUUCCRAAAAGACACUGCCCACAGGAGAGCCCUGACAGUGGGGACAGCAACUCGCUCUUUGCUGAAAUAGAUGCUCCAACAGUCAUCAGCUGCUUCUAAAAGGCAUUCAAAACAGAAGUCAAAGUCCCACCUCUUCCUUCACUGCUUCUACAUCCUGAUCCCAAACCCACUUUGUUCCUCUUCAGAAGCUCAGCUGGUGUGGAAGAAGAAGCUCUGAGCUCAAAAACCAAAGGCAACAGAGGCACCAAGGUGCCAACAUCCUCCAAAUACCUCCAAGCAGCAGCUCUAGCAGUAUGUCCUACUUGGGGUGAAUCCACUACUUAYAUCAGUAGGAGGCUGCUCUGCUCUUUGGACAAGUUUGAGUCUCUUCUCAGUGAACAGGAAAGAAUCAAAAGGAGUUCACUCGAGGCUAUAUUAUGGCCUAGACUGUGUGUUGCAUAAUUACACAACAACAGAGCAAGAGCCUCAUUCAUAAUUACCAUCUUUGAGGAACAGAGGAACUGAGUUUGGGCUGUGAUGUCAUGGAGUCCACACGUCCUAUUUCCUCCCUUGUGAACCAGCAGGUGGGACUGGCCUAAUGUAAGGUCAGUGACACUGCAGUCUGAUGCCAUAGACCACUACCUGCCUGAAGAACCAAACUCCUAGAAGGUAACCAAACCCCACAGCCGAUAUACACAGAGUAUGGACCUCUCCAAGACAGGCCCUUAGCAUUUCAGCAGACUUUCCCCUUCCACUUGCAGCUGUGSCUUGAAAGACUUACGUUUGACCUGAGACCUGC